AUGGUGGAGUCCAGCAAUAGUGAGAAGACACGGAAUAACAAAACACAUGAAGGGAAAAAAGACCACAAAAACUACAGCGUAAAGGGAAAUGAGGGGAAACAUAAAAAUCAAUCGACUUUUUCGCAUAAACGUGUGACGAUCACUAAUAAUAAUAAUAAUCAUAAUCAUAAUAAUAAUAAUAAUAAUAAUAAUAAUAAUAAAAAGAAGAAUGGAGGCAGACGUCCAACGGCAGUGGAGGAAACGGAACGUUAUGUUGUAGUGAUUACAAAUGUGGAGAAUGACUUUGCAAAGGUCCAUCGAGAGGCCAUUCCACGUUAUUGUUGUCUAAAUGAACAACACUGCCAUUCCCAUCAACUCUCUGGAUCCUCCUCUUUAAAUGGAAUCACAUCAACAACAACAACAAGGCAGCAGUGUCGAUAUACCGUUACUCCGCGUACAGAGACGCGAUCGGUGGAAGUGGCGGUGUAUGGAAAAGCGGAUGGUGAUGUCUCGACUGUCUUUCUUCCUGUUCGCACGAAUACUCAUACAAACACUACUAGCAGUAAUAAUCAUAGUCAUCCCAAUAGCAACAAGGAGAAGAAGAAGGAUGGAGAGAUGAAUAUAUAUAAUGAUCCUACAAUGAAGGAGGAUGAAGAGGAGGAUAACACUGUGAUUGAGUGUGUGAAGCCACCAGUGGGAAGAGAAGAUACUCUCUUCGCAACACUGGAGGAUAUGACGAUGGCCCUUCGGCAUAAACCUUACUUUACACAUCCACCAAAGUUUUUAUUAAAUGUGGCUGGUAAAGAUGAUGGAGAUGUGUUGCGGGAGUGUAAACGAAGUAAACGAGAUCAGGCAAAACAGCAGAAACAUGCUGAUGAAGAUGAUGAUGAUAAUAAUGAUAAUGAUGAUUACGAAGAAGAUGAAAAGAAGAAGUCUGUAAAGAAAAGUGAUGAUAUGGACUCUCCGCAUCUCCGCCAAGCUGCAGUGCGACAGGCCGAUAUGAUCACGGCUGUAGCCACCACAUCUGCACGGAUGAGCACAAAAGAUAUGCAGUAUCAACUACGCGAUGUACCCGGAUUUAUUACGUGUUGGAUGUUAUAUCCACAGCACUUCCGUGUGGUGUUUGCAAGCCAAUCAACACUGUUUAAAGCCAAACAACUGCUUGAUCAGUUCGCCGUGGACGGGAAUGUGCGGGUGGGACUCACAUUGGCAGAUGCCGCAGCGAAGGAGUUCACUGCAUACAUUACGGCACAGGAGGAUACGGCGUGA